UACGGAAACCAAUAAUCAAUAUGAGCAUAACAAGUUCCCCAUUUACAUUUAUUAUGUUGAACAUCAGCCAUAGCGCAUUACGUGAUACGUUCUGUAAUCAUGUUCAGCGAUAGUGUGGUGUUACAACAGCACCGAUAUACAGACCCGUAGUGAUCCAUCGCCGUUUUGCUACCGGUUGUGGUUGAAUCUGUUUUCACUACGGUAUUCUUUUAACAAAAUACAAGAUUCAGGUGAUUUUGUAAGGUUUCCUUUGCAUACUAAUUUGUAGAGUGCAUUGACCGUAAACUGUUGUUUACUUUAAAGCAAUCACUGCUACUGUCAAAUGCAGAAUGGCUUUAACUAAAAUAUUCUAUGGAUGUGUUGGUUUUGCGUUAUUAACCCAGCUAGUCAUAAGUAUAAAGAACAAAACGUUGACAGUUGGAGGUAUUUUUCCAAUGUCUGGUAGUUGGGCAGGAGGACAGGCAUGUCUGCCAGCUGUAUUAAUGGCACUGGAGGAUGUGAACAACAGGACUGAUAUUUUGCCCGACUAUCACUUAGAAAUGGAGUAUAAUGACAGCCAGUGUAUGCCUGGUCUCGGCACCAAGGUGUUAUACCAGCUGUUGUACGAACCACCAACCAAAAUCAUGUUGCUGUCUGGAUGCAGCAUUGUUUCUACAUUCGUUGCUCAAGCUGCCAAGAUGUGGAACCUGGUUGUGUUGGCUUAUGGAUCCAGCUCACCAGCACUGUCCAACAGGGAGAGGUUUCCUACGUUCUUCAGGACUCACCCAUCUGCAACACUUCACAACCCAACAAGGGUUAAAGUCUUAAAGCGAUUCCACUGGGCUCGGAUUGCAACCAUACAUGAAACUGAAGAACUCUUUUCAUCUACAAUUGAAGAUCUUGAAACCCGAGUGAAGUCUGCAGGGAUUGAGAUUGCGAUUCGGCAAAGUUUCUUACGAGACCCAGCAAAUGCUGUCAGAACUCUGAAGAAGCAAGAUGCUCGUAUUAUUGUUGGUGUGUUCUAUGAAGAUAUGGCGAGAAGAGUGUUCUGUCAGGUUUAUAAAGAGAAGUUGUAUGGAAAGAAGUAUGUCUGGUUUAUCAUUGGCUGGUAUCCUGACAACUGGUACAAGGUUCCUGAUGACAGCAUUGACUGCACGGUGGAGCAGAUGGAGGAGGCCCUCGAGGGACACUUCACAACGGAGGCUGUCAUUCUGCACCAGGAGCCCACAGUUACCGACGUCGGCAUGACUGCCAAACAGUUCACUGCAAGACUGAACAAAAUGCUGAAUGUGACAAAAGAAGAAACCAACAAGAUCGGUGGCUAUCCAGAAGCUCCCCUGGCGUACGAUGCUGUCUGGGCACUGGCCCUUGCUCUCAACAGAACAGCAACCAGGCUGGCUGAGAAAGGUGUACGGUUAGAAGAUUUUGACUAUUACAACAAGGACAUCACAUCUGAAAUAUAUUCUGCCAUGAAUAUAACAAAGUUUUUGGGGGUUUCUGGCAACGUUGCAUUUUCCUCACAAGGUGAUCGUAUUGCUUGGACUCAAGUGGAACAGUUCAUAAAUGGGACAUACCACAAGCUGGGAUACUAUGAUGCAAUGGCUGAUAACCUGACUUGGUUUGGAAAAGAAAAAUGGAUUGGAGGUAAGCCGCCACCUGAUCGGACGCGUGUUAUUGACCACCUGCGAGUCGUCUCGAAGCUGCUCUAUUUUGCUAUGUGUGGUCUUGCUGCUUUGGGAAUAGUCGCUGGAGUAAUCUGUCUCAUCUUCAACUAUCUUAACAGACAGAGGCGCUGUGUAGCCCUGUCCCAGCCCAACAUCAACAGUCUGACUGUGUGCGGCUGUAUGCUCUGUCUCAUGUGUAUAUUCCUGCUAGGGCUGGAUGGGAAAUUUGUCUCUCACACCACUUAUCCAAUUGUUUGCCAGGUCCGAGCCUGGCUGCUGUCCAUUGGAUUCACCCUCGGGUACGGGAGCAUGUUCUCCAAGAUCUGGACAGUACAUCAGCUGACGACCACACGGAAGAAGGACAGGAAGGCUGUGGAGAGCUGGGAACUGUACAUCGUGUUGGUGAUUCUCCUGCUGCUGGACGUCGGGGUCCUCACUGCCUGGCAGAUUCUUGAUCCUCUACAGCGCAAGCUCGACUACUUCAGCCUGGAGGACCCGACGGACACCGAUGAGGACAUCCAGUACAAACCGCAACUCGAACAGUGCGACUCGGAAAACCUCACUGUCUGGCUCGGUGUGUUGUUUGGCUACAAGGGCAUCUUACUGAUCUUUGGCAUCUUUUUGGCAUACGAGACGAGAAGUGUAAAACUGAAACAAGUGAAUGACUCACGAUUCGUUGGUAUGAGCAUCUACAAUGUUGUUGUUCUCUGUGUGAUCACGGCUCCCAUCAGUCUGAUCAUCAGUCACCAGGAGGAUGCCACAUUCGCGUUCUGCAGUUUGGCCAUCGUCCUGUGCAGCUUUCUGUCAAUGGGUCUUAUUUUCGCACCAAAGAUGAUUGAAAUUGCGCGGAAUCCCCAGAGAAAUGGACAGGAGGUGCGGUCACUGACUGACUCGCUUGUCAGUCGAGAGGAAGAGGAGCGGCACCAGAGGCUUCUGGGAGAAAACGAGCAACUGAAAAAACAAAUUGCAGAGAUGGAAGACCGAGUCCGCGAACUCAAUCUCCGUGUUCAGGAGAAAACUCAACAACGAGCCCAGCUGACCCAGGGAGUUAGCCCCGUCGUGGCCCCUAAUAAGGUGAUCGUGGACACUGGUGAGGUAGAAAUGGAGGAGGAUGACCCACCAUCUACCGAUGGAGUAUCCCACUUCCACAUAAAUAAGCCAGAAGAUGGCGGCAUAUUGGUCGACCCGAAUUCCGACUCAGGAUUGGCAAGUGGAUCCUUUGCCAAGAGCUCAAAGACAUCAGCUUCGGACUCGGAGCCUUUCUGCUAACGGUUUUCACUAUGAUUGCUGGGCUUGAUCUUUCAUACCCACUGAGGGUACAUGUGUCAGAGUAUAUUUCUAAUUUACCUGCAAAUGUACUCUUCCAAAAAAGUAGUAGAACUCUAAUAAGAAUUUACAAUUGCCAAAAUUGUAAGGUAUACUAGCUGUGGGGAAUGGUUAUAUAAUAAUAAUAGUGAAUUAAUUGGGCAAACAUUGCAACCAGUAGUUCAGUAUUACAGUAAAUUUCGAUCACCAAAGAUUUUGAAGGAUGAUUGAGGUCAGAAGUGAAAUUUGAAAGUUGAUGUUUUUUUAUCAGUAAUUCGCAAAUUCAAACAAUAAAAAUGACUAAAAACAAAACAAUAACAACUGUAUGAUCAACAGAAUGAAAAAGAUUGAC